CUUUAAAACUUUGGCUUAUCAGCAAUCCCUAAAGUAUUCAAUAGUGCAACUGAAACUAUAAAAUGGAUCUACGUUCGUAUCUUCUAAAAGAGAAUCUAGUAUGGCUUGUAGCAUUCAGAAAUCCCAAGGAAACAUGGCAAACUCACUGGUCUUAUCUUGUAAUAGAAAUUUUAUUUUAUAUCAGCGGUUUUCUAACUUUAAAACACGCUUUCAAAAGAGGAGGAAAAAAUUCUUAUCUAUGGAUAGCCGCUCUGUUACAUGGUAUUGUAGUAGAAAGUCUUUCAUAUUUUCUAACUGAUAUUGAUAAUUUUUGGCACGCACAAUCUUCGAUAAUGUUUUUAGGUUAUCGAUUACCUCUUUAUAUGAUCCUAUAUUAUCCAACAUUUAUUUACACAGCUUAUGUAGCUGUCAAUAGGUUAAAAUUACCUUAUUGGGCAGAACCUUUUGCACUUGGCUUGCUCGUUCUCAUAUUAGACGUUCCAUUUGAGAUAUUAGGAGUUAAAUGUUUAUGGUGGACUUGGCACGAUACAGAUCCAAAUAUUUAUGAUAGACAUUACUGGGUGCCAUGGACUAAUUAUUACUUUCAAGCAUCGUUUGUUUCUAGUUUUAGCUUAGUUUUCCGAUUUACUAGAUAUUUAAUCAGCGAAAAUGAAAAACAUCGAAUAAUCAGAAUCCUGAAAGAAAUAUUAUGUGUAAUACUAACAGCAUUGUUUGCAUCUCCCUUGGGAGUUAUGCAAUUUAUGUUGCUUUAUCAUAGUUUGCAUGAUUUGUUUAAGAUUCAUUCCGAAAUUUGUGUGUUUUUACUCGUAUCUCUUUAUUUAAUAAUUGUUUGGACUGCAGACAGAAAUCCAAGUGCAAAUGCUAGAUCGGAAAAAGGUAAUCAGUCAGAUGAAGUAUCUAUUGUUGUUUCUUUGCUAUACAUUACUUUAGCUACAAUAACUACAAUUGUUAAACCAGAAAUGCAAAGUUCUACUGGACUACACGAACCAAUUGGUCCAUGUAAUGAACAAAUUGAUGUUCAUACUCCUUUUGGUAUUAUAUUAAAGAAAAAGAAGUAUCUUUGCUUAGAAAAUUAUAAUGAGCCUUACUACGAUUUUCAUUGUGUAAAAGAACAAAGACCAUUGGAAGAUAACAAAUGGUAUACAAUUUGUGGAACACCAUUCCUAAAUCAUGUAGAAUACUUAAUUGUAAUUUGGACAUUUUGUCUACUUGGUCUAUACAUUUAUUAUCAAUUGCUUUUUAAAUCAGGCUUUGAUGGAUAUAAACCUAAAACAAAAAAGAUUAAAAUACAAUAAU